AUGGAGCCGGAUGAGCCCCAAGCCGACGACGAGGCGAUGCCUUCUGCAGCGCCGCGGCCAGGGCGAUGCCAUUUGCUGCUGAGUGGCCGGUUCAACAGUGAAAGGGUCAACAACUACAUGAAAGCGGUGAAGAGGCGCUUGGAAGAGAGACGAAUACCUGCAUAUAUGGUGCAAGCUCAGGUCGGCCAAAGUUUCGCCGAGCUGGCGUGGAUAGGAUUGUCCCGUGCCAAAGGCAUGGUGGCCUUCUGCACGUCGGACUACGGCGCCUAUACUGGAGCUGGUUACGAAACCUUCCAUGAAUUGGAAUAUGCACACGACCACCAGUUGCAAAUCUUUCCCAUUAGGCUCUGCGAAGAGUGGCCACCAGCGCCGCAAGACAAUCCAAGAGGCACUAUUCAAAAUAAACUCGUGUUCAAGAACGGCCUAGCGUUUAUAGAUGAUCGGCAGAUGAACAAUGCCGAAGGCGCUGCCGACCAGAUUGCGGAUUCUGUUACCAGCAGUGGCAUCUUAUUCAAUUAG